CCCAAGUAACAUCACGACAGAACGCGUCUCCUGAGAGACCUUAGACACACGUAGCAAUUCACGCAGCCAUGACUCACCCUAGUCCUUCAUGCACCACAUGACGUCCACCUCGUGGCUUCACUUACAUCACCAGUCUCAAGACUGGUAGCGAUGCAUCUUCACGGCAGUCAACGCGUAAAGUGUAUUGACGUCCAUCAUGUCGGACUGGAAGGCGCUGCUAUGCGCGUCGUUACCUCCACUGCUACUGCAAUGAAGCUUCCCAGAUGAUAGUAAGAGUUAGAAUCGGAAACCACCAUGGCUCCAGGUAGGUAGGCUUCUUUGUAUACUGGCCGUUGCAGGCACCUCAUCUGCACACCCGUCUCUUGGACCCCAUAUCCCUUCAGCGUUCUUCCCCUCGUCCUUCGCUUCACAGUUGGUAAACAUGUUACGUCUCAGACCGUCAGAACUUACCUUGACGCCCGAUGAUGUCGAGGAGACCUUUCGUCGCAUAGCCAUCAGGCAAACCUCCAGAGCGACUCCUAACCUCCCUUCCCGCCCUACAAAACAACCAGGACGGCCCAUACUCAGACGUGGCGCUCAGAGAUCGACUCGGGAUGCUAUUACUGCCCUGGGGUCUAUUCCCAUACUGCAGCCCCAACAAGCAACAUUCUCUUCUGUGGAAGAGGAGGAGGAGACAGAGCAUACCUCCAGUCAGGAAGCGAUGCUGUCAACAGAUCGUGACGAUACCGAGGGAACUACUUCGUCCAGUCACGAGAGAGAAACUGAGCCACUGCAGUCUCCAGCAUCGCCCACAUGGUCACUGCCCUCUCCAGUAUCCCCACCUCGCCGAACAAUGCAUCUCCCUUUCCGAUUCGGACGGAGCCGUCGAACUUCCACUACUCAAUCCCUGCCCGAUGCAGUUGUGGCAGUAUCGCGUACGCCAACAAGAGCACCACUCGGACAUGCCAGACUGGGCUCGACUGGUACAAGCAGCAUAGGUGAUACCAGCAACAACUCCACGUUAUCUCCAUCUGGUGGGUCUACCGAAAGCACUUCUGGAUUACGAGGAGGCGGCGAUCGCGUGCGCGACAUUGUUCAAGAUGCGCCUCACGCUCCGUCACCCCUACACCAGAUGCAGAGACUUAGUUCGCCUGCAUACCAACAGCCAUCAGGGGACCCUACCAAGUCGCCAGUCAGCCCGCGCGUACAAAAUCCUACACUCUAUCUCGAAGGCUACAUCCAUGAUACCCCGAAUAGUACUACGUAUCAUGUCCGGGAAAGCGACAAGUAUCGUUUCUGGAGUUUGGCACCGCACAGUGAACCACGGCGAGGUAGCGAUCGUCAGCCUUCCGCCACGCGAAGCUCCUCUACAGGGGCCGCCAUGGGAUCCCGUGUCGCAAGUCAAGCCCAAGCCCAACCUGACCAAUUGUUUGAAGACGUCUUCCGCACAUUACCAGCGGCCGAGCCCCCAGCCAGACAAUUUGCUAGGACUUCCACUGUAACUCAUGGGGAAGACUACCAUCCCACUGCGUCAGAUAUGUUUUAUACUUCUGGUGGCUCGCUCCAGCCAGAUCAAGCAGACCCAAGGUCAAGGCACUUUAGUAGCGACGCUUCAGCUGCUAGUGCGAAGUUUUCUUAUUACGGCUCACUUGCCUCUAGUACGAGGUUCCCCAGCAGCGAGGCAUCAUUGGGACGUGACUUAUCCCGGGUUCGGCCUGAUGGAGCGGCGGUCUCGAACGAAAGCCAUCGCCUCUACACGCCUGGAAACCCAUUCGUUGCACAACUGCGUCCAUCUUCAGGUAGCUCGGCUUACUCCUCGUCAAGCAGGGCUGGCUCUGGUCCCCACGGGCUCUCGCCGCUGCCUUCAAUGCCUUAUAAUCGCAUCGAGGCUGGUCAACCGGUGCCCCACAGCUACACAGGUGCCUACAUUGACGCCACUACAGCAGUCGUAGGAGAUCUCGAGUCGCCUCUUGAUCCUUAUGCGCAGCACUAUCAGCAACAGCUACAAGCUCAAGCUGCUCGAGAGGAGGCUCUUCAACAGCAUGCUCUUCGCCAGCAAGCUAUUCUGAAUCAGCGCUUUCCUUCUCAGUCCCAUGCGGAAAGUUUCCAGAGCCGUCGUUCGAGCCAUGGGCAGGGUAGCCAGCCACGUCCCCCGCCUCAAUUCCCAAAUAAUCCCAGAAUGCCGUACCACCAUCUGCCUCCGCAACAGUCACUGCAACCUCUGCAGUACCCAUCCGAACGUACUGCCACGAUGCAGAGCUCGCAAUUUGGUGUAAGAGGUGGAAGAGGUGAUCACCGGUCCGGUGAGAACGACCCCGUCUCGCAAUCAACAAGUCGAGAUCUGAUUGCGCAUCACGGCAGAGUGCAGGCGCAGAGGGCAGCAUUUGAGCGUUUGCAUAACCCGCGGUCAAUGCAAGUCGAGACUGCUAUCAACACAUCUCGACGUAGCUUGCCGCAGACGACGGUUCCUUACGAUAGAUCCAAUCAGCCCCGCGACUAUGCUCAACGUGCACCCACUCAACCCUACCGCCCCCUUCCAGGCGCCCGCCACCUCCACUCAACCCGCGACAGCCCUCUCACAGCUCUUGCCCUAGACCAAGGCAGUGGCACGACUAGUAGACGCUCGCGCUCGCCGCUUCUUCGAGCCCGUACGCAUAGGCGCAUACCUCCAGAGCAGCGCGAUCAAGAGAACGAUGGAGAUAGGUCCUUGAUGAGGAGGGAAGAAGAGAAUGUGAACGCGCGCUACGGAGAGGAGGAACAGCGGGGCGCGAGGAUGGAUGAGACGCCUCCUAGGAUUGGCCGGGUGGAGAGGAGGAUGUUGGAUUAGGAGAGAUGUGGGCUACUUCGAUGGGUGGUGUUGGGGGAAGAUGGCAUGGUAUGGCGCUGUUUGAAUACGCUAGGUUACGAUUCGUAGAUGGAUAUGCCGUUGAACACGUGCCAGCUGGAUGUGCACAGGUAGCUUGUGAGUAUAAAAACUGCCCUUUGGCCUCC